GCUCGACACGCCUCCCCCGCCCCCCCAGCAUGGAUACAGCGAGCAGGAGCAGGCGCUCAAGAGACGCGCUCACUGUGCUGGAGACAGUCUGAAGCCGCAAUGGGAGUUAACGCAUCCAAGUUUCAAGAGUUCCUGCUACCGGUGUCGCUGCACUAAACAAAGAGUGGGGUUUCUGUUUCUCUCUCUCUCUCUCCCUCCCUCUCUUUCUCUCUCUCUGUGUGUGAGAGAGAGAGAUCAUUGCGUUUUUUUUUUUGGGUCCGAGGCGUUUUUUUUCGCACAGGAUGUUGAUGAUUUUGGAAAGCCGGGUAAGAUCAUAAAGUCAGUUCUCUCUGAUGAGAACGACCUCCACCUCACCGCCACACAAAAGGGGAAGGCACGGUGCGAGUACUUUUUCUCUCCCUAUAACCUCCCACACACGGAUUUAUUUCCAGAAUUAUUUUUUGUAAAUGUCAUUAAGAAGCAGAGAGGAUCGUUCCAAAGACAGAAUGGAUCACUUCGCAGCAGAGUGCCUUGUUUCAAUGUCCAGCCGUGCAGUUGUUCACCCCCAUAAGGGCAACAGGGAGAUUAAACCGGAGAUCCCGACCUCCUCCAGGACGGGGGAUGAGGUGAAGGAGCCCCUGGUGAAGGAGAACUCCUCGCUUUUCGUGGUGGCGAGGAUCCUGGCGGAUUUUAACCAACAGACGCCCAACGGCGUGGCCGAGCAGGCAAAGAUAAAGGAGGAGAGCACGCCGAACCUGCGAGAGGAUGGAAACUCUGCCACACCUACCGCCACCUCCGAUCCUUUGCUCAGACAAAGAGGCAAGAGAUCGAGAGGUCGGACUGAGCAGGAGCCACCUCAGAAAAAGCACAAAUGCAACUAUUCUGGCUGUGAAAAAGUUUAUGGCAAAUCAUCCCACCUCAAAGCCCAUCUAAGGACACACACAGGUGAACGGCCCUUCCCAUGCACCUGGCCCGACUGCAGCAAGAAGUUCGCCCGCUCCGAUGAGCUGGCCCGCCACUACCGCACCCACACGGGGGAGAAGAAGUUCGGCUGUCCGCUUUGCGACAAACGCUUCAUGCGCAGCGACCACCUGAUGAAGCACGCCCGCCGCCACUCGGAUUUCCAGCCCGGCAUGUUGAAGAAGCCCCACGGUGGCGGCGCCACGCGCCCCGGCUCUCUCAGCGACUACAGCCGCUCGGAUGCAUCCAGCCCCACCCUCAGCCCCGCCCUCAGUCCCGCCAACUCGCCUUAAACUGAAACCUGGUCGCACUUUCGAGGCCCCCAGACUGUGAGGCCUGCAAUUUCAUCGUCACAACACUUCUGUUGCACAGUCGUCAGCAACCCCCGCCACCCCCUCCUUUGCUAUUCCUGCGCUUGCUGUGGUGUCCCAUACUGUACAUAAGUGCUUAUUGUAGUGCAAUUACUUGUGUGAUCCUAAAAGAAGACAAUGCCUUUCCCAGAUGGUGACAUUUCCA